UCUCUUCUGUUACAUUAAAACUUUCUUCUUCUUCUUCUUCGCAUCAAAUAAAGCUUUAGCCAUGGCUGCUUCUUUCUCUGUUCCUUCAAUGAUUAUGGAAGAAGAAGGAAGAUUCGAGGCAGAGGUUGCAGAGGUUCAAGCAUGGUGGAACACAGAGAGGUUCAGGCUAACCAAGCGACCAUACACAGCAAGAGACGUGGUGGCUUUACGAGGCAACCUCAAACAAAGCUAUGGCUCGAACGAGAUGGCUAAGAAAUUAUGGAGAACUCUCAAGACCCACCAAGCCAAUGGCACUGCUUCAAGAACCUUUGGUGCACUUGACCCCAUCCAAGUAGCCAUGAUGGCUAAGUAUUUGGACACCAUUUACGUUUCUGGGUGGCAGUGCUCGUCUACACACACCUCAACCAACGAACCAGGUCCUGACCUUGCUGAUUAUCCUUAUGAUACUGUUCCUAACAAAGUAGAACAUCUAUUUUUCGCUCAACAGUAUCAUGAUAGGAAGCAAAGAGAAGCGAGAAUGAGCAUGAGCCGCGAGGAGAGGGCUAGGACUCCUUAUGUUGAUUAUCUGAAGCCAAUUAUAGCUGAUGGGGAUACUGGAUUUGGUGGCACUACAGCAACUGUUAAGCUUUGCAAGCUCUUUGUCGAGCGUGGAGCUGCUGGUGUUCAUAUUGAGGACCAGUCUUCUGUGACCAAGAAAUGUGGUCACAUGGCCGGAAAAGUUCUUGUUGCUGUUAGCGAACACAUCAACAGGCUCGUAGCAGCUAGGCUUCAGUUUGACGUUAUGGGGGUGGAGACUCUGUUGGUGGCUAGGACUGAUGCAGUUGCAGCUAAUUUGAUCCAAACCAACGUGGAUACUAGAGAUCAUCAGUUCAUUUUGGGAGUCACCAACCCAAACCUUCGAGGGAAAAGCUUGGCUUCCCUCUUGGCAGAUGCAAUGGCUGCUGGAAAAACAGGAAAUGAACUUCAAGCCCUGGAGGAUAAUUGGCUCGCAGCAGCUCAACUCAAGACUUUUUCUGAAUGUGUAACAGAUGCAAUCAAGAAGAUGAAUAUUGGAGAAGAUGAGAAGAGGAGGAGAUUGAACGAGUGGAUGAAUUAUUCCAGCUAUGAUAAAUGUCUCUCUUAUGAACAAGGCAGAGAGGUUGCUGAAAGAAUGGGGCUUAAGAAUCUCUUCUGGGACUGGGAUUUGCCAAGAACCAGAGAAGGGUUUUACAGGUUCAAAGGAUCUGUAAUGGCUGCCGUUGUUCGCGGCUGGGCUUUUGCUCCUCAUGCUGAUAUUAUCUGGAUGGAGACUUCAAGCCCGGACUUGGUUGAGUGCACCAAGUUUGCAGAAGGAGUGAAAUCAAUGCAACCUGAGAUCAUGUUAGCUUAUAAUCUUUCACCAUCAUUCAACUGGGAUGCUUCAGGAAUGACAGAUGAACAAAUGAGGGACUUCAUUCCCAGGAUUGCUAGGUUGGGAUUCUGUUGGCAGUUCAUAACACUGGGAGGUUUCCAUGCUGAUGCACUGGUAACCGAUACAUUUGCCAAAGAUUAUUCCAGGAGAGGCAUGCUGGCUUAUGUAGAGAGGAUUCAGAGAGAGGAGAGGAACAAUGGAGUUGAUACUCUUGCUCAUCAGAAAUGGUCUGGUGCAAAUUUCUAUGAUAGGUACCUGAAGACUGUUCAGGGAGGCAUCUCUUCUACUGCCGCCAUGGGCAAAGGAGUGACUGAGGAGCAAUUCAAAGAGACAUGGACAAGGCCAGGGACCAUGGAAAUGAAUGGUGCAGGAAGUGAGGUGAUUGCCAAGGCAAGGAUGUAGGCUGUAGGCGAAAGGGUCUUGAAAAUUUCAGAAUUGGAAGAUUGACCAGUUCCUUAGAUUGUAGAACUGGGAGUGAAUAAUGAUUUGUGGCAAUAAUUUCACAGGCAAUUAGACCAUCUUGCAGGGCUUUUGUUUUUAUCUUUUCUGCAAAGCCAUUGGAUUAUUGUUGGUUCUUUGGUUUA